GCGGGGCAGUGGCUGCCGGAGCGGCGGGGUGCGGAGCGGCGCGGCGGGGAUGGAGCCGCGGGCCCUCGCCGCCCGCGCCCCGGCACGCAGCGCCCGCUGAGGCCGGCCCGCCUGCCCCUCGCCUCCUCCCCGUCCCCCCCGCAGCCCCCCGGGACAUGGCCACCGAGCCCCCGCUGCCCGCGGCGGGGCGGCCCGAGGGCGGGCGCGGGCGCUGCGCGGGCGGCGGGCGCGGCGAAGCGGAGGAGGCCGCGGCCCAGCCGGCGCUCGGCGCCUCCCCGGGCCCCGCGGCGGGGGCUGCGGGCCGGCGGCGGGGGCUGAACGGCUGCGUGCCGCUGUCGCACCAGGUGGCCGGGCACAUGUACGGCAAGGAUAAAGGCGGUAUACUGCAGCAUCCCGACGGGACUGUCCUGAAGCAGUUGCAGCCACCACCUCGUGGCCCCAGGGAGCAGGAGUUCUACAACAAGGUUUAUGACUCGGAGUGUUGCGACAGCGUUCUUCUGGAGCUGCGGGAAUAUCUGCCAAAAUACUUUGGUGUCUGGUCACCACCUACUGCACCAAAUGAUACGUAUCUAAAACUGGAAGAUGUGACCCGUAAGUUUAAUAAGCCUUGCAUAAUGGAUGUAAAAAUAGGUCAGAAAAGUUACGAUCCCUAUGCUUCAGCUGAGAAGAUACAGCAGCAGGUCAGCAAGUACCCGCUGAUGGAAGAGAUUGGCUUUUUGGUACUUGGCAUGAGGGUUUACCACGUCACCUCUGACAGCUACGAGACACAAAACCAGCACUAUGGAAGGAGCUUGACAAAGGAAACAGUGAAGGACGGCAUCUCCAAGUUUUUCCACAACGGGUACUGCUUGAGAAAAGAUGCCAUAGCUGCCAGCAUCCAGAGGAUUGGAAAGAUUUUGGAGUGGUUUGAGGGCCAGAAGCAACUCAACUUUUAUGCAAGCUCCUUACUCUUUGUUUAUGAGGGUUCCUGCCAGGCAACAACUGUGCGGCUGAGCGAUGUCACCUUGGCAGAGAAGAGAGGAGUGCCCAAAGGACUGUUGUCAGGUGGAGACAUACUGGAGUAUAAUAAUAAUAUUCACCUCAUAAAUGCGACCGAGAACGGAAAAAUCGAGGCCUCUGUAAGUAAAGGCUUGUCCAAAUUUUAUGCACUUCACAAAAAGGCAUACUCUAAGAGGCACCCCAGUCAGCUCUCUCUAAAAGUUGAAAACUUGGAGCAGGACAACGUGUGGAAAAGCAGCACUUGCAUCGCCCAGGAGCACCUGAAUGGGAACGUUAUACCCCAACUGGAAAAAGUUUUCUGUCACAUGCCAGCAGAGAUCAAGGAAAGCGCAAACGUGGAAGUCCGGAUGAUAGAUUUUGCUCAUGUGUUCCCUAGCAACACGAAGGAUGAGGGCUACGUUUAUGGUCUGAAGAAUUUAAUCACUGUACUUCAAAAUAUUUUGGAUAACUAAAUUCUUUGCUAUGGUUUUUACUGGGGGGCCAAUGAUAAAGAAGAGCAGCAACAUGAAGAAUUUCUGCACUUAUAAUGCUGUAUAACUGGGUUUGUAUUGUUCUAUAUUUUGUCUUUGUACUUUUGGUAGAAGGGUUUAACUUUUUAUAAUCUCACUCAGGAAAAUAAUUGAUAGUUAAUUAGGGAGUGUGAAAGGAUGGAGAUACUGGAGAUGAAGCAGGAUAGGUGAAUUAGUAGGAUGAAAUGUAUAUGGUUGGCUUAUGUCCAAGGAGUACAGUUGUACAGUAAGCAAGGGUGAUGUUAGUUCCCGUGACGACUUUAGCCUAGAUCCCGUUUGCCCACCUGGCCUUGACACUGAGCCCUCUCUCCAUCAACAGGGUUUUUAGAAAAUGGACUGAAAACUCUGCCGUGCAGGAUUGAUGUCCUCAGUACUGCCCUCUUGUGUUUACUGCAUACAAAUAACUGGAGUUAACCCUCUUUGGAGAGAAAUCCCGUGUUGAGUCAGUAGUCUAACCUGGAAGCCAGUGAAUGAAAAGUGCUUUUCAGCAUCACGGGACGAUGUUGUUUCAGCCCUGGGGUGGCUGUCCCUAGCCCAUGUUCACCCCUGACAAGCUACAACCUUUUUUUGUGUUGAGGUGCUAAGAAAAUGCUGGAGUAAAAUAUUGUGACAGGCUUAAACUGCACGACUGCUAGAGAAACUGUUUUUUCCUAAGAAAGAGUAAAAAAAUGCCAACGCGAGAUAUUCCAGGAACUCGUUUGGUUUAGGAGAUUAAGUCAGUCUGUUAAUGGAGUGUCUGACGUUGUGACUAAGGGAGAUGCCUCACUCCUUUGUUCUGAUGGCCCUUCUCCAAAAAUGUGGCUUUUACAAGCAAACCAAUUGAAUGGGGAAACAAAGCAUUUUGAGUAAGCAUACAGAGAUUUCUUCUGGCUGUCUGCUGCUUGUAUCCACACUUCCACUGCUGGGGAGCACCGACUGGAACCAACGAGCCCUACAGGUGAAGAACUCUCUCCUGCCAAGAGAAGUUUCUUUCCAGCCCUGGAGCAACCAGAUGUCCCUCUGUUUGUCACAGUGGAGUUGUGGCUCUCAUACCCUGGCCUUGAAGUCCUGCAUUCAGCUCUUUUGUUUUUUUUUUUUAAUGACACACAGGCAAGCUGUGUAAUUGGAAGAUUGUCCCAAUUCCUUCUUUUUCAUGGGAAAAUGUCAAGCUUUCCUAUGGAAUAUUUGAGAUCAGGAUGGUGUAUCCAAAGCAUUUUUGGUGUGUCUCUUCUGUAUGCCCUGUCUGUGGCUGUCCUGCCAUGUCUGUAUAGUCAGCUAUAGGAAAAGUCAGGACAGAUUUUCCUGCUUGAAGCAAGCCCCAGAAAUACAACUUUUUAGAGUGGACUUGGUCAUUGGAAACAGACAUCUUUGACAUGUGGACUUAUUGUGGCACUGUGGCCUUUUGCUGCUCUCUCUGUAUGAUGUUCUGCACUAUGCACUCACUCGUGUACACAUCUUUGCAGGUUCUCAAUUUGACAUCAGUUUUCUACAUCAGAAAGAGAUCAAUGCUUUUCCAAACACAGGCUGUUUUAAACAAAGCUGAAAUUUUAGCUCUUUGAGAACCUGGGUUAAUUGGAAGAAACAGGGUAUUAUGUGUAGAACAACAUUGUUUAACCUUUAGAGCUAAUAUUGGCCAAUACAAUCAAGAAUAACACCCAUCUCUCAGAGACAGAAUGUCUUUGAAGUGUGGGAAAGGACUCUGGCAGGAGGGGCAGUAUCAUUUUGUUGAGCAUUUUAUGCAAAUGGUGGUGAAGGUUGAGGGGAAAAUGUCAGGAGGGGAAAGCAGUUUAUUUUUUGUUCUACCUGGUAUUUCUGUUGCACCAUAUAGUUAAUAUAUUCCCGACUCUGUGAACUAAUUUAAGCCAUAUUCUGGGAAGAGUUUGUGCUUUUGUUUGCUUUGAUGCUGGUUUCUCUGUUAUGAUUUUGUUGUUUUAUCCCAUAAAUAGCCAACACCAGAGCAGUUCAGGCUGGCAGUGGCCUUGUAGGAUAAAUUCACAAUGUUUUAUAGAAAACAUGAGGGGAAACAUUUAUAAAUCAGAGUUGUUUUGUCCUCUGUAAUUCAUCUCUUCUGGAUUUUAAUCCAUUUUGUGCUGGAGAAAUCAGACCAGCUGCCUCAAAGAAGUCAGUGAUUGGAAAAUGAUCAGUUUGCUCUCAGCAUAAGUGUGUUCUCCUGUCUCUGCUUUAAGAUACACGUCUGCAGUGUUUGAAUGCUCUUGAAGUAUUGGUCGUUGUGCUGACUAUGGUAGUGUUUGUAAUGCACCUGGAAUAUUGUUAAACUGUCAGAAUAUUUUGAAUAAAAAAAAAGAGUGAAAGAAUUUUAUCAUGGUUUUUUUACCAGUAGUUACUAAUGGAUGUAUUUCUGUUUUAAUUUAAAAUGUAGCUUGAGAGAUUAACAGUAUUUUUAAUUGGAAGUAGUGUAAAUAAAGAUUGCUGUGGAGGUGUUUUGGCACAGUAGCAGCUGUGAAUUUAUGCCUGCCAAGGUGUUAUAUUCACAUUGUUCUUGCACAUUUUAGAUUUGGUGUUUGUAGUGUCUUGUACCUGCUCAGUUUGUUUUCAGUUCUAGUUGGAGAUGCAUUCACAGCAAUCAUUAAACAGAUUGCAGAGUUAAUUGCAAAGUGAAGAGGGAGACACUGGACACUAAACCCAUGCAUUGCCAUCCAUCUCCCUCCUUCCCAGUGAUGCCUCUUUUGUUCUGUGAGCAGCCUCCAGGACAGGUGACAGUUACCUGGAAACCUUUAUGGACAUGGUAACCAGGCUUAUAGGUGUUUCUGUCCCAUAAAAUGAAACCUGGAAGCAGGUGCCUUCCCCAGACUGCUGUGGUGUAUCCGAGUCGUUGAUGAAGCCCCUCUGUUUUGAUUUUAAGCAAUAAGAACUUGGUUUAGCAGAACUGAUGGUCAAAAGGGAAGGUGUUGUCAUUCCUGCACUCUGAAAAUACACUUUGCUGAAGACUUUCUACCUGGGUGAUGGUGAGAGUUGUGUGUAGCCUUACCUACUAACGAGAGCUCGAGUUGUAUAAAGUUUUAUAAAAAAGCAUUUACAUAGAUGGUAUUUUUGGAUAUGGGUGGAAUUUGUUGCAUAAAUUACAGUGGAAAUUAUUAUACCAUUAUGAGAUGUUACGAAUAUUUUAAUCAAAUCAUUUUAUGAAUUUAACUAGAGACUUAACAUAUAGUUUUGGUUCACAAAAAGCCUGUACUAUUUUCCAUUUCUUUCUUGCUGUAAUGCAUGGUCACACCCUUCUUGUCUAUAACCCUACAGUUUCAUGGAGAUCUUUUAAAGUACCCAGUAGGUCAGGAAAUCACCAAUUCCCUUUAGUUUAAGCAAGUGGAUAAGUUCUUGAAAUACUUCAGUGCACUUCAGCAUGGGUGUACUAUACAGCUAGAGCCCCAGGAAACUUCCUUACCUGCAGAGAGCUCCUGCUGAGCUGAGUCUGGAUUAGGCAGUAUUUAAACUGGGCCUUUUCACAUCUAACAGCAGCGAAGGGAAGGCAUCUCCUGUGCUGGCUGUGUCAGUGAAAGGAUGGUUUCCUCAUUUUAUUUUUCUUCUCCAAGUAAGCUUUCCUCCUGAGUGCCUUCUUUGGCCCUUGCCACUGGUAACCUUCUGUAGUCUAGAAUGAAUUAAAGGGAAAUUUUUUAUAACUGAUAAAUGCUCUUAAAGUGCAGGUAUUGAAAAAACUGUCAAAAUGCCUCAAAUACUGUGGGAAAUGCAAUAUCCCUUUUGCAGUCUUUCUGUUAAAGAGUAGUAGAAUGAUAGAAUCACAGAAUCACUUAGACCUUCAAGAUCAUUGAGUCCAACCAUUACCCCUGCUCUCUCAAGUCCAGCACUGAGCCAUGUCCCCCAGCACCACAUCUAGGCACCUUUUAAGCACAUCCAGGGAUGGUGACUCAACCACCUCCCUGGGCAGCCUGUUCCAAUGUCUGACAACCCUUUCAGUGAAAAAGUUCUUCUUCAUGUCUAGUCUAAACCUCCCCUGGUGCAGCCUGAGGCCAUUGUUCUAUCACCAGUUACUUGUGAGAAGAGACCAGCACCCACCCCUUUACAACCUCCUUUCGGGCAGUGGUGAUGAGGUCUCCCCUCAACCUCCUUUUCUUCAGACUAAACAGCCCCAGUUCCCUCAGCCCCUCCUCAUAAGUCUUGUUCUCAAGGCCCUUCACCAGCUUUGUUGGCCUUCUCUGGACAUGCUUCAGCAUCUCCAUGUCCUCCUUGUAUUGAGGUGCCCAGAACUGGACACAGUAUUCAAGGUGGGGCCUCACCAGUGCCGAGUACAGAGGGAUGCUCACCUCCCUACUCCUGCUGGCCACACUAUUCCUGAUGCAGGCCAGGAUGCCAUUGGCCUCCUUGGCCACCUGGGCACACUGCUGGGUUAUGCUCAACAGCAUCAAUCAGGACCCCCAAGUCCCUCUCUGCUGGGCAACUCUCUGAGCCCAGCCCUCCAGCCAGUGUUUAACCCAGCAGAGCCUGUGCCCAUCCAAGCCAAGAACAGCCAGCUUUUCAUCAGGAUGCUGUGGGAGACAGUGUCAAAGGCCUUAUAGAAGUCCAGGUAGACCUUAUGGAAGUCCAGGUAGUGUGUUUUUAAUUAAAAAAAUUACUCCACAGUCAAAAAUCAGUCUUUUUUACCUUUUUGCUCAUAUAGACUUAGCAAAAACUGUGGGGUUUAAUAUAUAUCUUUUUACAGAUGGUCACAGAAUUCCUGUCUAUCAGUCAGAAUGGUACCAGGGCAGGCCUACCCCACAGGUUGAUUUUUUUUUUACACCAGCAAAAGAACAAAGACAUCAUUUUAUGGUAACAAAAAAUUAACAAUAACAGUACUAAAUGUAUGAGAAAAAACAAUAAUUGGCUAAAACCCAAUACAAAAACAUUUGGAAGCAGAAGACCCUGAGGACUUGCAGCAUUACACAUCAAUUUCCCUCUGUGUUCCUAGGAAACUGCACAAAAUGUGCAGUGAGUAUUAAAAGGUUAGGAUGUGCAUGACAUGUGUAAUAGCUUUCUACUUUCCAAGCCCAGCUUCGUUUUUCUAAAUCUGAGGAACAGGAAAACAGCCAAAUUCCCCCAAAGAAAACAACCUGACAGCUAUACAGAGUGCUGCUGAUAUGCUGAAGAAAAGAGCAAUGGGCACUAUUUGGCUGCUUGUGCCCCAUACAUUAAUUACCAUCUAUUUAAUUUCCUAGCAUUACAAUGCUAGGAAAAAGCAGCUAAAAAAAUUUCCACAGAAUUAUGAUCAAUGACAUGUUUUAAUGUUUAAUACACAGAAGGCAAGGACCUGACUACCUUCAGGGAACUCACAAAACACAGAGGGCAGAAUCUUCUCCUUCAGAGGCUGGGUCUAUCAACUGCAGCCGUUCAUAAUCAAAUCAGUUGAUUAAUCAAUUACUUCUUCAUGGCAAGUGCAGAUUUCUUCUGAUGAGGGAGAAGGGAGUUGACAGUUCAUCAUGAACCAAGAAACCUCAAGUUUGUGUCUCAAACCUAGUCCAAAUAUCUAUCCAGGCCUCUCAAAUACACAGCUCUGUCAUGUAGGCUUCAGGCACCAAGCCAACAGUUCAGUUCUCCUGCCCAUCAGCCAAGUCCAUCGUGCUCCUCUCUGAGAAUGCAGAUCAUGUCUCCACCUUUAAAUGUCAGCUCAUCAGCUGCAUCUGUGUAGUCCCACAAACCUUGAUGGGUAUAAUAGCUUUUUUUCUUUUGUUCUAUCUGAAACAGUGCAAUGGUAGCAGAGGGCAUGCCUUGAGACUGGGUGUUAGGUUGUAUGGAACAUCUUUAUCUGUGUUGUGAAGAGGCCAUUUUGGGGGCAAGGUGAGUGACAACCAAAUGGCAUGAAGUUUUCUUACUGCAAUGAAAGGUGGAGGUUUUGGGUUUAAGAAGGUAGGCUAGUGGGAAGCAGUGGAAGUUGGUAAGGAGCCCUGAGGAGGGCAGGGAAUGGCUACGGAUAAGAUCCAAAGGCUGCAAGUCUUCAGGUGUCUUGCAGGGAUGGAUGUCUCCUGAGAAGUACCUUCCUCUCCAUAGCCCCAGGCCAAAUCCUGACUAAUUCCCAUGUUCACUGAAAUCCGUAAGGGAGAGCUACAGGGAAGUUUGUCAUCCUAAGGACAGAUGGAACUGUUGGAGCAGUGUUUGAAAGGGGAUAAAGGGAUAAAAGCUCAGGACUGCACAGCAGAAAACACACAUCAAUAAGUAUCUUUCACUGUAGUCUUGUCUAGUGGAGAUGGGCCCUGUGUAUUUGGAGUUGAGCUGGUUUGUUAUGUGACAUUCGACAGCAAACAGAGCAAAGGUACCUUCAGAAACACCUUAGUUUGAAUUGUGUGCAUAAAAUAGUUAUUUUUUUUAAAAAGUGACCUAUGAAGUAACUUCCAAAUACGAUGCGUGUUGCACCUGACUAUAGAUGAAAUUAGAGUGCACAAAGGCACUUUAAUACUCUGGGAACUUUACUGGAAGACAAAGCAUGUGAAAUUGCACCUGAUGUUGUGUUGCUAAUUGUUUUUUUAAAUUCUCCGUUACUUAUGCUUGAUGGAUGAAUGUAUCUAAUCUAGUCUGGUCUCAGUUUCUUUGAUCCAAGUGUCUAAAGCUGUCACUCAGUCUCCUAAUUUGUAUGUGUUUGUAGUUUAAUUUGCUAUUUUAUUUUUUUUUGCCAUUACUGGACUGCAGGGGUUAUUGUUGAUAUUACAUGUGUUUAUUUUAUAGAACAUUGUACUAUGCUAUCUACCAACUUUUGUAACUUAAUGAUAAGUGAUAUUUAGGGUAAUUCUAAUAGCUGUAUAUUUGGCAAAUUAUUAAAAUUUUCUGCAAGUGA